AUGGCAGCAUCGCAUCGUCAGUUCUUAGAUGCCAUAGAGGGUGGCAUGUCAGUGCGUGCCUACUGCCUUCAAGUCUGGCGCUACCUGCCUGUGGAAGCAAUUGCAGCACUUGAGGAUGCGUUCAACAACUGCAUUGAAGCGCUGCUGCGGUAUUGCUCGGCAAGACAGCGCUUUGUAAGCCGCACGCUUCCUGGCGUAGGUCGACUCCAGACGAUUGGCGCCAACCAAGAGAAGGUCAUCCGAGGAGGACGGCUGGCCUUGUUGCACAUGCGGCGAGUUGCAGAUGCGCAGCGGAUGCA